AUGGCCACGUUCGAGACCACCAUCCCCGAGAAGCAGGCGAGCGUCCCUCGCUUUCUGUAUCGCGAAAUCAGGUACAAGCCCUUUGUCGUCCAAAACAUCAGCCUCUCGGGCAAGACGGCCAUCGUCACAGGGUCCAACACGAGCGUCGGCCUUGAAACCGCUCGCCAGCUAGUCCACCUGGGUCUAAGUAGGCUCAUCCUCGCCGUGCGUGACGAAGCUAAAGGUAAGGCGGCCGCUGCCAAGCUCUCCUCGGCCCCUGACGACCCGUCCAAUCCCCGCGUCAUCGAGGUGUGGCAUCUCGACCUGCGCGACUACGCCUCGGUCGUGAGCUUUGCCGAGCGGGCAAAGACUUUGAACCGCCUGGACAUUGCCGUGCUCAACGCCGGCAUUUGCCCCGCCAAGCGCAUCUUCAACGACAAGACGGGCCACGACUGGAUGAGACGAUCCAGAAUCACCUUCACCUCGUCCGAGGUCGCGGCCUGGGCAAAAUUCAAUCUGGGCGCCGAGGCGCCCAUCCUCGCGGCCUUGGACAAGAAGGCGGACGGCGUGGACACGGUCGACAGGAUGUUUGUGUCGAAGCUGCUCGGCCAACUGUUCAUGCACCGUCUUUCGAAGCUCGUACCCCCGGGACGCGUGGCUAUUAUCAACGGCGCCUCGCCGGGAUCCGUCCACGACUCCGAGUUCAACCGCGACCUGGACAAGACGACUGCCGGGGCCGUCAUCAAGACGGUCAUGAGGCGGAUCGCCAACACGGCGGCCGUAGGUGCCGGCAUGAUGACGGAUGCCGCGGUCAACCAUGGGGAGGAGGUCCAUGGGCAGUUCUUGUCGUUCCAGAAGGUCGUGCCCAUGGCCCCGAUGAUUUACACCAAGGACGAGGAGAAGGUUUCGGACCAGCUGUGGAAGGAAACGCUGGAGGAGCUCUCGUUUGCACACGUGGAAGACAUCCUGCGGGAGGUCAGUACUUGAAAGAAGCAGUGGGUCUCUGGUCUCAUAAUAGGUAGGUACCUAGGUAGGUAGGUAACUACGUAAAUAUGACUAUGGUUUUUCGGGGUAUUAUUCCGACCUUGUCAGGUACAACACAAAAAGGAACCAUGGCAGCACCAG